GUGGGAUCGCACGCCUAUAUAAACCACGUAGGACCUCGAGCUGAGAACCCGGGAAAGAGUAGACCAUUGCAAGGAGCCAAAGAGGAACGGAAACAGAUCGCUUACUGGCACCUUUCUUGGUUUGCGAAAAGUUGUCUUACCUCACGCCUGAGAGUCUCCAAACACUGCAGUUCCGGCACAGCGAUACUUGCAGACAUGCAGGCUGCUCGUAUGCUUCCAGUUCUUCUCUCCUUGCUCGCCAACACGGCUGCAGGGUACCUCGUCCCGAACCCGGGCGGUAAAUACAAUGUCACCUUGACAACGGGCUCUCUGAUCGACUACAGCCGCAAUGACCCCUAUGCCGCAACUCCAACGCCUCGGGCGUUGAUGCUGUCCGUCUUUCAACCUGCGAAGUGCGCAUCCACUGUGCCCGUCCCUUCUAUGCCCAACAUAACCGCCGACUACCAGGGGCCAUUCCUCCAAGAGACCUUCAACAUAUCCGCCAACCUCACACCUCUCUUCCGAGAAGCUCGUCUGCCAGUGUGUUCGGACCAUCCCAUGAUUUCCCGCCGCUGUACGCCCCUAGAGGACGGCCCAGUCCUGCUCUUCUCCCCUGGCUACAGCAUCCCGCGCCUCUAUUACAAUGUCCUCGCCUCCUCCAUCGCCAGCGAAGGCUUCACAGUCAUCACCAUCGACCACCCGGGGGACGCCAACAUCAUCAUCUAUCCCGAUGGCCACGCAGUGUUCAACAACGAGUCCAUACUGAACAGCCCAACCUGGGACGAGUAUCCUCGUGCCGCCGAUGCCUCAUUUGUAAUCGACCAGCUGAGCAACGCAACCGCCAUGGCCGAGCUGCUGCCCCGACGCGGGGCCCAACAGUUCCGGACAGACCGUGUCGCCAUGCUGGGACACUCUGUGGGCGGCGCAUCGGCCAUCAUUGCUGCCAGCCGGGACCCGCGUAUUCGUGGCGCGAUCAACUGGGACGGCACCAUCUUCGGAUCGCCGCCUGCUUCGGGGCAGGACCAUGAUCAUCCAGUGCAAAGCAUGUCCCAGCCGGUGCUCUUCAUGUCUCAUCAAAACUAUGCCGAUCCCAGCUGGAUGGCCGCGUGGCCGCGGCUCAAGGGGCCGAAGAUGGCCGUCUACGUCGCAAACACGACGCACUACACAUUCUCGGACAUCCCCUCGCUGUUCCAGGCGGCCGGGCAGACCACGGAGCCAUUCGCACAUCUGCUAGGCACAAUUGCGCCGGAUGAGAUGGUGCGCAUCCUGACGGCGUAUACGACUGCAUGGUUGAAGGGGGUGUUUGAAGCCCAGGAUGGGCACCUGCUGCUGCAGUGGCAGGAGCCCGGCGAUUUUCCGCAGGUUUCAAUCAUGAUGAGAGGCAACCUUUAGAGGUUUGAAAAUGGAUCCCGAGAUAGGCGCAGCUUGCUGUUUUGAUCGCGCGUGCGAGAAUUGGUUCAGGAAUCCUCAGCCCUUUGGGCAGUAACAUGGACACUUUCCGAUACUGACAGGCAACGGAGCAAUCACUGUCCGGCGGUUAUCAUGUGACGACAGGUCUUGUAUCUUCAAGUAUUAC